UUCUCUCUCUCUCUCUCUCUCUUGAAUCCACUGCAACUGCUAUAACUAGCUCACAAAUCCAGUACAGAUUCUCGCACACUGCUGCAGGAAAAACAAAAAUGGCGGUGUCUCUGCGCAUGACUUCGUGUUUGUUUGCAGGAGAAACGGGGUCGUUCGUGAAGUCGUCGUCGUCGUUGUCUCCCUUCGCCGUUAAGCUCGUCCCCGCUAACGCGCGCCCCGUGAGGAUUACGGCAGCGGCGGCGAAGCCGGCUGUGGAGACGAAGAAGCGGGAGCCGAGAGGUAUAAUGAAGCCGCGCCCUGUGUCGCCGGAAAUGCAGGCGUUCCUCGGCGGCAUGUCGGAGAUUCCCCGUACUCAGGCGCUCAAAGAGAUCUGGGCUUACAUCAAGCUCCACAAUCUUCAGGAUCCGGCAGACAAAAAAGUCAUCGUCUGUGACGAUAAGCUGAAGACGAUCUUUGCAGGAAAGGAUCGUGUGGGCUUCCUCGAGAUUGCUGGUUUGAUCAGUCCACAUUUUCUUAAAGUCGUAACUUGAGUGCCCAAAUAUUGAAAGACUAAAGCACCCCUUUCUUUGUAAAUGAAGUUUUUUACGUCGGUUUGAUUACAUUCGGUUUUAGGGUAUGCUAGCAAAACCUAUUUUGCAUUUAUAGAUCAGAUUUUGAAGCUAAUCUCUCUGGUAAUUUUGCCUUUUGAAAUUGCAGUUAUUUGUAGUGACUGCAAGUAUCUGCAUUUUAAAUCGUCUAUCUCGAGUGUAUUUCUUUUAAGGAUCUACGGUUUUAACUUCGAUUUUGCCUAAUAUUUUAUAUUAUGUAAGAUUGCUCUU